CCAUUCAGCGUAUCCUCUCCAGGAAAGGCCAGGAUUUAAAUUUACCUCAAAAAUGGAAGAUAUUGACUGGGAAGAUUUCCUUAAUGGAUACUUUGAUAAUUUCAGCUAUAGCACUGACCUGCCUCCUAUUCUACCAGAUUCUGCCCCAUGUCGGCCAGAAUCCCUGGGAAUCAACAAGUAUGUAGUAAUAGUCAUCCCUACCCUGGUGUUCCUGCUGAGCCUUCUGGGAAACUCCCUGAUGAUGCUGGUCAUCCUGUACAACCGUGUCAGCCGCUCUGUCACCGAUGUCUACCUGUUGAACCUGGCCAUGGCUGACCUGCUCUUUGCUCUGACCUUGCCCAUCUGGGCCGCCUCCAAGGUGAAUGGCUGGAUUUUUGGCACACCCCUGUGCAAGCUGUUGUCCCUCCUGAAGGAAGUCAACUUCUACAGCGGUAUUCUCCUGCUGGCCUGCCUCAGUGUGGACCGCUACCUGGCCAUUGUCCAUGCCACGCACACAUUCACCCUGAAGCGCCACUUGGUCAAGUUCAUAUGUCUGGGUACGUGGACCCUGUCCCUGUGCUUGUCCCUCCCUAUCCUAAUUUUUCGUAAGGUCGUCUAUCCGCCCUUCUCCAGCCCAGUCUGCUAUGAGGACAUGGGCACAAGUACAUCAAAAUGGCGGAUGGUGCUGCGGAUCCUGCCCCAGACUUUUGGCUUUUUCCUGCCUCUGCUGGUCAUGCUGUUCUGCUAUGGAUUCACCCUGCAUGAAUUGAUUAAGGCCCGCAUGGGGCAGAGACAUCAGGCCAUGAGGGUCAUCUUUGCUGUCAUCCUCACCUUCUUGCUCUGCUGGCUGCCCUACCACCUGGUCCUGCUCGCAGACACCCUCAUGAGGACUCAUGUGAUCAUGGACACCUGUGCUCACCGCACCCACAUUGACCAGGCCCUGCAAGCCACCGAGAUUCUGGGGUUCUUGCACAGCUGCCUCAACCCUGUCAUCUAUGCCUUCAUAAGCCAAAAGUUUCACCAUAGACUCCUCAAGAUCCUGGCCACCCACGGCCUCAUCAGCAAGCUCUUGCCCAAGGACAGCAAGCCUUCCUUCAUAGGCUCUUCCUUAGGGAACACUGCCACUACAGUCUGAGACUCCUGCCUCAGUGCAGCCCCUCAGGGUCCCUCCCUUCCCUCAGUGUCCUAUUCCAACCCCAGGCCCAUUGGCUGUUCACCGGAGUAUCAGUGCAGCCCCCAUUGUGAUUCCAGGAAGGAGGGGAGGCCACAUUCUUACCAGGCCCCUACUGCAUGGUUUGGAAAGCCCGCCCUGGUGUCCCCGCCAUCAUUGCUAGGCCAGUGCUAGAGCUCUGUCUAUCUUGCCUCUGGCCCAGAGCCCUCUACUAUGUAAGAAGUGCAAAUCAAAACCCACAUGAUACCAAGUCACACUCAUUGGGAUACCUAUUAUUACUUAUUUUUUAAAAACUUCAUGAAAUAGCAAGUAAGUGCUGGCAAGGAUGUAGAGAAACUGCAAUUCUUGUUCAUUGCUGUUAGAAAUGUAAAAUGAUGCUAUCGCAGAGGAAAACAGUAUCACAGCUUUCCUCUAAACAUUAAAUAUAGAAUUACCACACAAUACAGCAAUUCCACUCCUACGAAUAUAUUCACAAGAAUUAAAAGCAGAGACUUAAGCAGAUAAUUUGUACACCUAUGGUCAUGGCAGCAUUAUUCACAAGAGCCAAAAGGUAGAAUCAACCCAAAUGUUCAUCAAUGAAUAAAUGGAUAAACAAAAUGUGCUAUAAAUGUGAAUGAAGUAUCAUUCAGGCUUACAAAUGGAUGAUGUGUCGGUAUGUAUUACAACAUGAUGGCUCUUAAAAACAAUAUGCUAAGUGAAAUAAGCCAGACAUAACAGGACCCAUAUUGUUUGUCUCUACUUAUGUGAGGGACCUAGAAUAGUAAAUUCACAGAGACAGAAAGCAUAAUAGUG